ACUAUGAAUGUGAUAUGUGGUUGUCCAUAUCUAGCUGCCUUUAUAUUCAUACACUAACUGUAAAUCGCUCUGAAUAAGAACCCCAUAUAAAAUGAAUAACGUUUUAAUAAUUUCCCAUUUGAAGGAAUAUAGUGUUGCACAGCACUGUCUGUAUACCUGAAAUGGUCUCAAGAGCGCGCCAUUGGAUAUCGACUAACGAGGAAGAAGGGUGACUACGUAAACAAACUGGUCUGUCAGACGGGUGGGUAGCAGAUGGUGCCAAUUGGCUGCAUAAAAAACUACAUAUAUCUACACUCAAUCUUUCUGAAAAGACUUGUCAUUUUCCUGUUCCCAGCCGUAUCCACGCUAGCCGUGAGGGAUGAGCCACCGGUCGGAACGUCGUGGGAUCCAUGUGGACCAGUCAGAGCUGCUGUGUACGAAGGGAUGUGGUUUCUAUGGCAACACAGCCUGGCAGGGCCUCUGCUCCAAGUGCUGGCGGGAGGAGUACCAACAAACCAGACACAAACAGAUCCAGGAGGACCAUGCACUGGCAGAGAGGUUACAGAAGGAGGAGGAGGCAGCGUACGCUAACAACCACCAGGGGGCAGCCCAGCCCCAGCCUGCCAUCGCACCCUUCAGCAAGUUUGAAGAGAGGAAAACCAAGGAGAAGUCACGUAAAGUCAACACAAUGACUAAGUUUUUCACUCCCUCAACAAAGACACCGCCCAAGAAAGAAUCCGUCCCUGGCGAGGUCCUGUCGACCCCCAGCCCCUCAGUGAGCCGCAAGCCCUUAGAGACGGACCGCACCACACGAGAGUUCAUCGACUUCCUCAAGACACUGAAACCUGGCAGGGAGAUCUUCAAACAGUGCCGAGCCUUCACAGAGAGCAUGGCCUACAAGAGGGACCUGGGUGCUGAUGAGCUGUCUGAGUGCGUUCAAGACUUCUACCAGAACCUUUCAGACCGCCUGCACACACACUUCAAAGGGUCGUCGGAGCGCGUAGAGAGUGUGAUGGACGAGGUAGAGAGGUACAUGAUGACACGUCUCUACGAGGAAGUCUUCUGUCCUGAGACCACAGAUGAUGAGAAGAAAGACCUGGCCAUUCAAAAGAGAAUCAGUGGAUGGGGGUGGCUGGGUUGCAGGGCCUUGCAUUGGGUCACCAUUGAGAUGCUGUGUGUCCCUGUGGAUGAGGAGAUUCCAGAGGUGUCUGAUAACGUGGUCAAAGCCAUCACAGACGUGAUCGAGAUGGACUCGAAGCGUGUGCCCAGGGACAAGCUGACCUGCAUCACACGCUGCAGUAAGCACAUCUUCAAUGCCAUCAAUACCACCAAGAAGGAGGCGGCAUCUGCUGAUGACUUCCUGCCCACCCUCAUCUACAUCGUCCUGAAGGCCAACCCUCCGCGACUGCAGUCCAACAUCCAGUACAUCACCCGCUUCUGUAACCCUAGCCGCCUCAUGAGCGGAGAAGACGGAUACUACUUCACCAACCUGUGCUGUGCGGUGGCCUUCAUAGAGAAGCUGGAUGGCCAGUCUCUGAACCUGAGCGUUGAGGAGUUUGAGCUCUACAUGUCAGGCCAGGCGUCUCCCCAGCGUCCCCAGGCUGCCACCUCCCCCGCCUGUAGUGCUGCUUUCAGCCAGAUGAACGAGAGUCUGGACCUAUUGACGGGACUGGGCGUGAGGCAGGAACGCGUCAUGGAGGGGGCUCGCCGCCUGGAGAGUGACCUCAUCGACUGGAGGGAUGGGGUAGAGCACAAAGUGCAGGAUGUGAUGGAGAGGUUCCCCCUGGAAAUGCACCCCACCGCUCCCCCCACCACCUCUUCUGCCAUAGAUGCUGACAACGUGGAAAACGACCACCUACCUUCUCCUCUCCAACCCCAGUUGUUUGCCGGCUGACCCCCCCCCUCUUUGGACUUGUUACUCUCUCUCCACCCUGGAAAGUGUCUCCUGUCCUUAUGCACAUAUAGGUUCCUUCUAAUGGAUCCAACAAAUAUAACUCCAACCCUCCCCAUUGUAUGCACACUUAAAAUAGAUGCUUGCAGUCGCCUGAACCCCAGUACUCCUAAAUAGCCAACUUUCUCGGUCUGUCUUCCCCACUGAUUGGUAAGAGGACAAGAUGAGUUGCAGGCAUAUUACCUUCAUCCAUGGUCAUGAAGGAAAGGAGAUAAGGAAAGGAAGCUUUAAGAGUAUUGGGACACAGAUCAUUGAUCUUGCCCUCCUUUGUCCCCUAUAUUACUCCUCCUGACUGAAUCCAAGUCAGAGUACAGAAGCCCAAGCGUUAGGGAUCUGUUGGGGUCACGUGAGUGUAUGUGACCACGACCAAAUUUCCCCUGAAGAUGUCUAUAAAUAAGUGUGUGUGUGUGUGUGUGUGUGUGUGUGUGUGUGUGUGUGUGUGGGGUUUCAUUUCCCUGCCAAACCUGUUCAGUCAUGUGCUUAGUUUGAGGAAGUUAUUUUAUUUUUCUAUUGUUCAGGCUAUAGUCUUCUGAGAGGGGAUAAUGAUCUUUAACCUAUUAAAAUGGCUAGAUUGAUACUGUAGCUCAAAGUUUACAUUUUGUCUGGGUGCAUAUUUAGAAUGGUUAUAUCUAAGAAGAGUACUUUUAGUAAGUUCUUUAUAUUAUUUUACAGUGGUGUAUAUUAUUUGUACAAAUGUAUUGGGGGUAAAUGUUGCCAAGCAGAAUAGCCAUAACAAUGUUGAUCUCAGCUCCAUGUAGUAACCAUUCAUUCUGGAUCAGGUGGAUAUAUGAAGGAAGAGUAGACAUUGAGUUGAAUGAGUAGUAUCUUUGAUACAACAGAAAGGUCAAUUUACAUACUACCUAAUAUAUUUUCUGGUCUUUUAUCAUGUUUCAUUUUAUUACAUUUGUAACUAUCAGAACAGUGUACAAAUGCUGGCCAAAUCCUGGUUGCCAAAAUCCAUUCAAUCCAAUUUAAACACUAACUGAAAUAACUAGGCAUUGGAUAGCACACAGCAAUCAAUGAACAGGUAUUUUUGAAAGGAAUGUUAAAAAUAUAUAUACAUAUCACACACACACACACACACACACACACACACACAUCUGUACAACCUUGUAGGUUUGUUUUUGUAUGUUGAAGGAGUAACUCAACAUUGUCUUGUAUUUUAAUGUAACUUAUUGAGACAGUUUUGUUUUAUAGUGUCCAUGGGUUUGUUGAUGAAUAAAAUAACUCAAAAGCU